ACUUUGGGCCUUGUCUAUAAAAACAGGAGUUUGUCUUCAAGCUUUUUUUGAAACAGCAGGACACUGAGGAGGUAAGCUGCACCAAAAACAAGGUCAGAACAAUGCUCUUGGUAUUGCUUCAGGUGCUGCUGAUUUCAAUGCUUGGAAUAGCAGAGCAAACGGGCAAAGAGCAACAGAAGAGAAAGAGGAGGAUUCCAUACCUCCUGCCUCAAGACCGAGAUCUGCUAGUGGAAGACCUCGUGGGCUAUGAAGGAAUUCUGACAAAACCUGGCUUGUUUAUGGCAAACCAAGGGGCAGAGACUAAGAAGCAAGAUGACCCAAGAAGGUCCAAGUUUCUUUUCCCAUAUGUAGAUAGCCAUGCAGCUCACACUUUAGGAAGCCAGGCUCCUACAAGUGAGUCUCUGCAUUCAGAUAGCACAAAAAGGCCACUUUCCCAUCCACACAGCAGGAGGGAAGUAGAAUUGCCCUUCAGGAAAGACGCCAGGCGAUUCUGGGAUCAUUUUAUGCUGAAAACCAAGUCAAGGUCUGAAGAGGUUAUCCUUCCAAUCAAGACCAAUGAAAUGUACCAGGAGACCUGCAGCACUCUGCCCUUUUCUCAGAGCAUUGUGCAUGAGAACUGUGAAAACGUGGUGAUACAAAACAACCUGUGCUUUGGGAAAUGCAGUUCUUUCCAUGUUCCUGGUCCUGAAGAUCGUCUUUACACCUUCUGUUCCCACUGCUUACCUACCAAGUUUUCCAUGGAACACCUAGAGAUGAACUGCUCCAGGGCUACUCCUAUCAUUAAGGUGGUUAUGGUUGUAGAAGAAUGCAAGUGUGAAGGUCAGAAGACUAAACGUCCUGGGAUAGGAUUUCUACACUCAGAUCUGUAUGCAAAUGUAUAUGAACACAACUGAGCCUUUCAAAGCUACCUUUAUCCACAGUAGCAAUUAUUCUGGCAAAAAGAGCUAAGAUCUCCACUGAAUGCCACCAAAGCAUCUCAAAUCUCUGUUUAUAUAACCUGCAAUGUGGGGAGACGUGUGUGUGUGUGUGUGUGUGUGUGUGUGCGAGAGAGAGACCCUUGAAAUGUGAUUAGAGUUGGGUUAGCCAAACACCAUUGUUCUAGGGCCUCUUCACACUUUAUAUUUUUACAUAACAUGAACUGAAAAUUAGCACUCUCAAAAAAAGCUUUGAGCCAUUCCAGAUCAUACCCUCACAGUACCAGCAGACUGUUGCCUUUGGAACAUCCGCAGCAUCAGAUCUAGCCCAAUGAUUGUUUUUGUGCAAGUCACUGUCAAGAGUGCUGUCCCCAGGAGGGCAAAUACCAAUACACACAUAAAUGUUUUCUUUUUAAAACAGUGUCCUGUUCAGACUGGGUUGGGGUGU